UAUUCCAACAUCAGUUCCAGUUUCCAUUCUCGAAAACUCCAACCAACUCCUCCAGCCAUGGCAUUCAAGUACGUCCUGUUGUCCUUCUGCGCUCUGAUGGGUGCAACCAGCGCCGGUUUCUUGGCUCCAGCCACCACCUAUGCCGUUCCAGCAGUUCCAGUGGUGACCAAGCUGGCCCAGCCCCACUAUGAUGCCGUGGGCACGACACAGCAGAAUGUGGUCCGCUCCUUCGGCGGCACCGUCUCCACCUACUCCAAGAACGUGGUCACCCCCUACUCGAGCGUCAGCAAGGUGGACUCCCGCAUCACCAACAAUGUCUACACGCCCAAGACCCUCUACUCAGCUCCCGCUCCCGCUCCCGUGAUCACCAAGUCCAUCUAUGCCGCCGCUCCAGCUCCAGUGUACGCUGCCCACGCUCCAGUUGUGGCCAAGACCGUCUACUCUGCUCCUGCUCCAGCUCCAGUCUAUGCCAAGACCGUGUACUCCGCCCCGGCUCCAGUUCUGGCCAAGACCGUCUACUCCGCACCUGCUCCUGUGUACGCUCCCGCUCCCGUCGUGACCAAGGCUGUCUAUGCUGCUCCCGCUCCGGUGUACUCUGCUCCUGCUCCCGUCUACGCUGCCGCAGCGCCCACAGCCUUUGUCAAGUACUCGCCCGCCGCUGUGGUCUCCCACGCCAGCUUCGAUGGCUUCGGCUCCCACUGGGGAUACUAAGCGGAACGCGGCAGAGUCCUGCCGCCCGUUGACACUUUGUUGAUUUGUUCGUACGAAAUAAAAAGCUGCCAGUAGC